AGCCAUCAUUACAAUGGUUGUCAACAACAAUAUUAUCAAUGUCAAUGCCCCAAAAGGACACUCUUGGUAAAUCACCUCUCUCGAUCCAGAACCGCCCCUUCCCCUAGAAGGGCCCUGUCGAUACGCCCUGGGCAUUCUCAGGCUACAACCGAGACAUGACAUGUUUAUUCGAACGGCGAGCCUAUUUACGAUAUGCAAUACUCGCGGCGUGGGUUGAUGGGUUAUAGGUGAGUCAAAAUAUGGCACGUAUGUGAUUUCGUCAAAAUUUUCUUGUUCGGAUGCUUUCAAGAAGGUUUGGGCUAGGGUCAAACAACCAUGUACGUCCGUUUGUCUCCGGCACUCUUACACGGACCUACGGAUGUGUUCUUCAUAUGAUACUCUGAUAUUGUCAGGCCAUAAACCUCUCAGUCAUCGGUGUGGUUGUGCUAUAGAUGCAAAAGGUGAGUCCACAGCUUGUUUAUCGUCUAAAGGCCCGGGCGAUGCACAUGGUGACAAACAGAACGUGCAAAUAUCCCCGCUUAGGUUGCAUAAUGGCACUUUCGGCAUGCAGUUCCGCGUAUCGCAUGACCAGGAAUAUCCAAGAAGAAAGAACCCUUGGCCUUUCUCCUGCGUUCAAACAAAGUGAUAUAUCCAUAAGGCCCUCUAACGCCGCGGGACUUGGGGGGGUUGGGUCCCAAUAAAAACUGUCCCUCCAGGCUCGCUCCUUUUGUCCCUGGGAUCCCCAUCGCCUCAAACUCGGGCACCCCAAGGCACGAGAUUUUGCACGUCCACCUUGUGCUGUCGUCUCUGGUAUUCGUAUCCCACCACCAUCGAUUAGAUGGUACUUGAUAUCAUGUCUACCAAUACGUCCUAUCCUCCCAAUGGCGGGAACGACAGCAGUGGACCGACUGCUGGGACUCGCACCUCGAACCAACAGACCACGUUGGGCGUUAAAUCAGCUCGUAAGCGCAGGGAUGAUCACUUCGAUCCCAGCAACUACAACUGGGAGUUCCGUCCUCCUGGCCUGCAUGAUGUCCAGAGACUCGUUGACAUCGUCAACAAUAACAACUCUGAGGAGGACAGUGACAGUGAUGAAGACGACUUGCUUGAAGAGAUUCAUAUCAAACGCAUCCCCAACAAGUUCUUUGUCUAUCGUAGUCACUUCCUUCGCGCAUAUCGAAAUGUCGUCGAUCCUUCUUCCGGUCAGGAAGUUCGCCCUGUGCCGCAGAGGUAUAUCUCCAAACUCGCGGGACACGUUUGGAAACAAGUAUUGACCGAGGCCGAGCGCGAACCCUACCAUCUGGCUUAUCUCCAGCUCAAGAGAGAGUUCGAGGCCGCACAUCCGGACUAUCACUAUCGUCCCAGAACCAGAUUGCAGCGAGAGUCUGAGAAGGACCUGCAGAACCAGAAACGCGCAGAGGAAACGGAGCUCAAGCGGCUGGAGAAGAGGGAGCGAGAAGAGAAAGAAAAUCGUCUUCGGAUUUCCAAGGGAUACAGUCAUCGAGCCUGGCGUAAAUUGAAGGCGGACGUUCGAAGCGGCAAGAUCCCAGAUCCGUGUGCAGAUGUUGGCGGCUGCAUAACGCAAGACAAAAUAAAGAAACCUGUGAUCGAGCAUCAACCUGAGGACAACAGCUUGAUCUUACCAAACGUAUCUGGUCCCGUCGUUCCCGAACACUCGGAACAUCUGGUAUUACCAACCGUGCAUCUUCUCACGUCAAAUGUUGGGAUGCGCGCAUCAAUGGCGUGGAAGAUGACCGAAAAGACAGACAACCACGCGGAGCACUACGAUUCUCACGAGGAAUAUGAUACGGAAGAAGAAGACCAAGACAUGGAAUAUGCCAGUGAUGAACCAGUUGAAGAGCCUUAUCGCAAGCCCGCUCCUGUACGCGCGGACUAUGAAGUGCAAGAGAUCCCAGCGCCUCUCCCUCUCCCCAGCACGUGUUUCGCCGAAUCGUCUACCAGGGGACGAUGGCCCGAUGCGCAAGAAAUCCCUCCUCCGAGGAGACUGUUUUAUCCGAGACAACCGACCGCGUUCAACAACAUUGGGCCAGUGCGAUCGCUGUUGCCGGAGGUCAUAAGCAGCAUGAACUUGAAACAGUUGGAGGACGCGCUGAUCGCCACUAGCCUCCCGGAACUACUGGAACCGCUGGAGCCGGUUCAGGCGCCACCCCCCGUGAGGCCUGUGCGCCCCGCUAUCGAGUUCGGUCGCGUCAAUCCCGCUCAGCUCGUUUUCUCUACUGGAUCUGAGACAUCUUCCGCCAAGCGCCGGAUGGUGAUGUAUGAUACUGAACCCGAGCCAAGGUCGAUCCGCGACGAGCCUGACGACCCGGUCAGAGGGCCAGUCGACAUCGACUGCGACGGCGAAGAGAACACUGAGUUCGAGGUCGACGUUGUCAGGGAUCCGAUUGACUUCGACAUGGAUGAACGGAUGGCCCCUCCCACCGGUGAUGAGGAUCCGUACCAAGUCUUCCCGCCGCCUUGCAGGACGAACUGCCCUCCUGGGUCUGGCCAAUGGAUCCCCGGUGGAGAGUCGCUUGACCGCAGCCACGUUGCGUCGAACUCUAAGGCGCCUUUGAUUGAAACCUCUGUUACCAACCAGCAUGCGAUGUCCGUCGAACCUAUGAUGCAGGAGGAUCCUACACCCGUGAAGGGAAAAGGAAAACGCCGCCUCUCCGAAGGGGAGGAAGGACGCUCCCGUCAGCCAAGCAUCGCCGUCGGUCACAUGGCUUCUCCUCGCACCCCACGCUCCAGGCAGCCAAGCAUCGUCGUCGGACUAGUUAACGGCGCGAUCGAGUUGAUCUCUCAGGAAGAGCUAGAGCGUCUUGAAGACCUAGAGCGCCUUGAAGAGCUAGAGCGCCUUGAACGUGAUGAAGAUCAGGUCGUCCACUCCCGUGGGAGCACCUCUGGCAGCAGCGGGAGUACGAGUACGAGUACGAGUACGAGCCCUCUCUCCGAACCGAGCGAGGCGAUCACCGAACUGCUCAGCGCGUCGAGCUUCGACACUCCCGUCACGAGCGCAGAUGCGGAAGAAGCCUAUACCGUACCCAACGACGACGGGAAACAUUUCCAGGCCUAUCACUGGUUUGGCCAGCCCCUGGACGCCGUGCUGGAUGGUGCUGCUGGGGUGGACGCGCGCGGACCUAGGAUGUCAUUUUCGGACUUGAUUACGCCUUUGCCCGACCAUCUGACGCAGGAGGGGCUGAUGCUGCAGAAUAUGCAGAAUCAGAUCAACCAGGUGGUAGAGCAGGGUGACGAUGCGCACUAUAACAGCUGGACGAUGAGUUUGGAGGACGUGGGAUUUGACUACUGACGGAUAACCUUGGAACUGGGAAAUCUAACAAGUCUUGGAAAUCUUGGAACUGGGUUGGUAUGAGCUCGAGAAAUCACCGCUUUGUCACGAGAAUAGUGUUCGAAUUCGUAGUAUAGUACGGUUUGCCUGGAACGUUUCGAAUGUAUAUAUGUUUGGCGGACCCCUCCGCAAC